GCCGGUAGUGUGAGUUGGAAGUCGGUGUUAAGCUGGUUGGCUGGCACGGUCUGGUUGGUCGGUUGAUGGUAGCCAUGGCUCGAGUCGCUGCGCUACUGCUCUUACCGGUUCUUAUUGAAUCGGUAUUAUCAAUUUCCUUCUUUUUACCGGUCAACACCAGAAAGUGUUUACGGGAGGAGAUCCACAAAGACGUGCUAGUCACGGGGGAGUAUGACAUAAGCGAGCAGGCGAACACGAAAACUAAUCUGAAGAUCACAGACUCCUCUGGCCACACUCUUUACUCCAAGGAAGAUGCUUCAAAAGGAAAGUUUGCAUUCACCACAGAGGACUAUGACAUGUUUGAGGUUUGCUUCGAGAGCAAAUCACCCAUGGGAACUGGAAGAGUGCCUGACCAGCUGGUCAAUCUGGACAUGAAGCACGGUGUUGAGGCCAAAAACUACGAAGAGAUUGCCAAGGUGGAGAAAUUGAAGCCUCUUGAGGUUGAGCUCAGGCGCCUGGAAGACCUCUCGGAGUCCAUCGUGAACGACUUUGCUUACAUGAAAAAAAGAGAAGAGGAGAUGCGGGACACCAAUGAAUCCACCAACACACGCGUGCUGUACUUCAGCAUAUUCUCCAUGUGCUGUCUGAUUGGGCUGGCCACAUGGCAGGUCUUCUACUUGAGGCGUUUCUUCAAGGCUAAGAAGCUGAUUGAGUAGAGCGACCCGCUCCCAGCUCCUUACCUCGCGGGACGCUGCCUGACGGUCAGCCAACACAUCCAAACAUCCACCCUCCUUGGACUAGCUUCAGCAAACAACAGCAAGUGGGGGCUCAAAAUCUAGUUUUCAAGGCUGAGAGAGAGAGUACCAAGGUUUUCUUCUGGGGAAAAAUAAAAGUAAAAAUAAAAAAAAUAUCACCUGCUUAUUUAGUGGUUGGAAACAUGAAAAGCGCUGUAGGGAGAAAUGCACUGUAAGACAUGGGAGAUGUCCGUCUCUGUGGUUGACAUUUCUGUCUGCACUGUUUCGAAUGUUGCAGCUCACUGAAUAAGAACUUCGAGCGUUCGUUGAACAGCAAUGUUUGAUUUUGAGCUCAGUUUGAAUGGAUGUGCCAUGAGCGAAUGUCUUUUGCCCUCCUGUUUAUACACUCAUUCUUUGCCAUGCCAAGUAAACUAGAUCCUUGGUGCCCUUUUAUUGAGUGAAGGUUCUUUGAAAACACAGUUUGUUGUUACUUUGAUGAGACAAUUGGCAACCACUGAACUUCUGUGUUUUGUCACUUAAUUUGCAUACAUGUCUGGUAGCUAAAUUUAACUGUUUUUUUUUUUUUCAUAUUGUAAUUACCACUUAGUUCUUUCAACUGGUAAUUUUCUUUUUCUUUUUGGGGGUUGUGAGUUGUCAGUAAUAUUCUUAGUUGUAAAUUAGGUCAUUUCUAUGGGCUCUUGCAUAGAUUUUUGUUUCGGAACAUUAACAUCACCUAUCAAAUGAAGCAAGGAACCAAAAACCUUGUUCCUAGGAAGGAAUUUGUAACAUCCUAUGUAUAUGGUUAUGAGUAAAAACACCCUCCUGAUUUCUAUUAUACAGUUUAUAUAUAUCUAUAUAUAUAUUUGUGAAAGCUUCUCCUGUCAGAGUGCAAUGGACAGAGGUGUUGAAAUGUAAAGCUGUCCAAGCAUUUUCAGUCACAGGCCCUUCUUCUUGACACUGGUAGAGCUAAUUAUUCUUCUGAAAUUUCACAAAUAUCAGUUCCCAACUACAGUAUGUGCAGAUCCAUCCAACAUGCUUCUUUCCAGCAGAAUUGUUUUGGCUCGGGGUGGUUGCAGAUUGUUUUUGAUGGGGAUAAUUUAAAGCAUCUGUCAUGGGGUACAUUUUUAACAGUGAACGUUGUGCGCAGUCACUGAUUUUUAUGUUGACUGAUUAAAUUUUGUAAAUUUGUGUUGGGCUUUUAUUCAAUAAACUAUUGGAUGGAUUUACAUUAUUUUUGUUUUGUCCUUUGAAUUGCCUAUUUAGGCAUUUUUGAAAAGUAGGAGACGCAUGUAGAGUGCAUGUGCUCUCAUUGGCUGAUUUGUUAUGUACCCCUGCCCAACUGCCAAGUAGUGCAUGCAUCUAAUCAAUCACAUGGCAGCAGCUCAGUGCAUUUAGACAUGUAGACAUGGUCAAGACAACCUGCUCAAGGUCAAGCUGAGCAUCAGAAUGGCGAAGAAAGGUGAUUUGCGUGGCUUUGAAUGUGGCCUGUUUGCUGGUGCCAGAUGGGCUCGUCUGAGUAUAUCAGAAACUGCUUGUCCACUUGAAUUUUCUCCACACAACCAUCUCUGGGGUUUCCAGAGUAUGGGUUAAAAAAAAAA